AUGCUUUCGAGAUUGUGCAGUGCGGGGAUUAAUCGAUCAUUGGGUGUUUUGGAGAGAAGUUUGUUUAACAAUAUCACAAGUCUCAAUACGAGAACCGAAAGUUCAAGACAGAUACACAGACAAAGACGAGGAAUAGAAAUACAGAAACGCAAUAUGCAGAUUCAGAGUAUUCCGAUGGUCGCACCAGUCUUAAAAGAACAAAUCAAAGAUGGAAAGAUCAAUUUAGUAGCAAUUGUCAAUACACACCAUCAUUGGGAUCACUCAGGAGGAAAUAAUAAAAUACUCGCCGAUCCAGAAUUCAAAGGAAAACCUGUAAUUGGAGGUAAAGAUUGUGAGGGAGUUACAAAGACACCAAAGAAUGGAGAGGGUUUCACAAUUGGAGAGAUAAAUGUCAAGGCACUUUAUACACCAUGCCAUACACAGGAUAGUAUUUGUUGGUUUAUGGAAGAUAAGAGUGGAAAGGCUAUUUUUACGGGUGAUACUCUGUUUCAUGGAGGAUGUGGAAGAUUCUUUGAAGGAACCGCAGAGGAAAUGCACACAGCACUUAACAAGACACUGGCAGCUGUACCAGAUGAUACAGUUGUCUAUCCCGGUCACGAAUACACCAAAGCGAAUGUCAAAUUCGCCGUCUCCGUUUCCCAAAGUGAAGCCGUCAAGGCUCUCGAAGCUUUCGCAGACAAGAAUAAGGAAACACAAGGACAAUUUACAAUUGGAGAUGAGAAGAAACAUAAUGUUUUUAUGAGAAUGGAUGAUCCGGAGAUUCAAAAGGCGACGGGGAAAACGGAUCCCGUGGAGGUGAUGGCAAAAUUGAGGGAAAUGAAGAAUAAUUUUAAGUGA